AUGGGUUGGUUUGGCUUUGGCGGCAGCUCUAAUGAAACAACGGCGCCUUCGUCGUCAACAGUAGACAAUCCAGCAUCAACCAUGGAUCUCAGCGGUGGUAUUAACUUUUCAACUCCUUCUGGAUUUGAUGCACCUUCGAAUGAUUCUGAAAUGUCCCACUCGCCAUUCCCAGCUGCUCCUGUUCUAGCUCUUGAUCAAUUAAAAUCCGCUGGUGUAAAUGUUUCGAGACAGAUGACCCCAUAUGUUCAGAUGGACCCCUCAAUGUUUGUGUCUCAAUCUCCUCAAUAUAUUAUGCCGGAAGGAGGUGUUACUGGUAAAGGCAAAUUUGAAUUUGCUCUAGGACAUAUAGGAUGGGCUGUUGGUGGUGGAUUUGCCGUGGGGUGUGCGCGAGGUUUCUUCGGAGAACUGAUGAAUCCCGAGACACGAAAAAUGGUCGGAAAACCAUGGAUGACUCGUAUGGUUAACGCCACAAUGAAACAUGGUUCUGGAUAUGCCCAGCCAGCCGGAGCCGUUGUCUUCAUGUACUCUGCCCUUGAGAUUGGAUUGCGAUCAGUUCGUGCUGAAGAUGAAUUAAACUCCUUUGGAGCUGGAGCGAUGACUGGGGCUAUUUAUCGAAGCCCACACGGAUUAAGAGCCAGUGGAAUUGGUGCUCUUGUUGGAUUGGGAAUUGCUACCGCUUGGACCCUUGCUAACCCCGAUUCGAGACAAAGACUGACAGAUAUGUUUUCGAAUUAA